CCUGGAUUACUUUGCCCAAGGAGGACAGCCAUCAUGACCAGCAAAGUGGUGGAGGAUGAACUGGAAUUCUACUCCAAGGCCGAGAAGUACUGGAAGGACAUCCCUGCCACAGUGGAUGGCAUGUUGGGGGGCUACGGGCACAUCUCCAACAUCGACAUCAACAGCUCCAGAAAGUUCUUGCUCCGGUUCAUACGGGAUGGCCCUACCAAGACCGGGACUGCCCAUGCCUUGGACUGCGGGGCUGGCAUCGGCAGGAUCACCAAGAGACUCCUGUUGCCUCUUUUCAAAACGGUGGACAUGGUGGACGUAACCGAAGACUUCCUGAACAAGGCAAAGACCUACCUUGGCGAGGAGGGACGGCGCGUGAGGAACUACUUCUGCUGCGGCUUGCAAGACUUUAGUCCGGAGCCCGGUGCUUACGAUGUCAUCUGGAUCCAGUGGGUCAUAGGACACCUGACAGACGACGACCUCUCCAGCUUCCUGAAGAGGUGUCGGCUUGGCUUGCAGCCCAACGGCCUCAUCGUCAUUAAGGACAACAUGGCCCAGGAAGGCGUCAUCAUGGACGACGUGGACAGCAGCGUCUGCCGCGACCUGGACGUUGUCUGCAAGAUCAUCCGCCGGGCCGGGCUCAACCUCUUGGCCCAAGAAAAGCAGGAGAACUUCCCCGAUGAAAUCUACCACGUCUAUACUUUGGCCAUGAGAUGAGGGCUCUGGAGGCCGG